CUUUCGCGCCGUUUUCAGCGGAAAUUCAGAUUUACAGACAGUUCAUCUCUAUUUCAGCGCCUUUUUUAUUAAGUUUGACCAGAAUAACAGCACAAAUCGAUUUGUUUGUACUGAUAGUCAGUCAGGUUUAAUGUCACACGGGGUUUCGUCGAUGUUUUUAUUAAGAAACAGACUCGAAGUCGUUUAGGAUCCUUGAAAUGACGAGAUUUUAAUGUUCAGUGAAAUGAGUUAUUUGGUUUCAGCCUCACAUGGAUCACCAGAGAUCUGAAGAAGUGCGUGUGAGAGCGUGUGUUACGCCAUGCAGCCGGUGCAGAUGCUGGAGGUUCCAGGAUUCAGGCAGAAGCUGCUGGAGGCGUUGAGUCUGGGCAGACGGCAGCAGUACUGCCUCCCCCACACGCAUGAGGCCGCAGACGCGCAUGUCCCGCGGGGCCGCCGCCCCUCCCCUCCCGCAUCCUUCUGCAGAGGAGAGGAGGAGGACAGCGAGCUGCUCUCUUUCGUCACCGCCUUCUCCAUCGCUCCGCUCUCCUCGUCAUCAUCAUCCUCCGAGAGCGAGAGCACGUCGAGCGGCCCCUUGCGCAGACGCGAACGCAGACCGUCGAGCCGCCAUGGCGUGAGAGAGCCGCUCAUCAUGGGAAAUCAGGAUGGAAAGCUGAAGCGCUCCGAAGCGGGAGGCGCGACGGAUGAGAGCGCGGCUCAAGACGGCACAAAGAAAGGAUCGCACGGGAAGAAAUCACGAGGGGAGGGAGGGAAGAAGAAAAACAAACCUGACAGAUCCUCUGUUUUUCCUCACAUACGGAAGCGCAAGAGCAAGGCCAAGGGCUUGUUGAGUGGAUCCAAAGAGGAUGCGCUGGAUGAGCUGGACAGCGUUCCAUCGCUCUGCAAUAAGACGCCGGACCUCUCCGGAGAUGAGCUCGGACAUUCGGACGCCGAGCCCGAGCGGCCUCGUCUGGCCGCUGACAGCAGGCAGAACACGCUGGACGGCCCGGAGGAAGAGGAGAAGAAGGUGGUGAGCUCCGGAUCCGACACGGAUAUGUACAGCUUCCACUCGGCUGCGGAGCAGGAAGAUUUGCUGGCCGACAUCCAGCAGGCCAUCCGACUAAAGCAGGGCGUGAUUCUCACCACCGCCGUCGAGCUUCCAUGGGAGAGGGAUUGUAAACAAACAAGCGGAGAUGUUAAAAACACUCCCACCCCCGACUCGGAGCCCUUCACCGUGCUCGAAGCUAUUCCUAAACUAGAAAACGGGCUCGUUAGUGCACCGCACCUCCCCGAGGAGGAGGAGGCGGCUGUGAACGGGCACUCAGAGGAGGCCCUUUGUGCUCCGGUCGCCGUGGAAACGGUCACAAAAGAGCCCGAGGCCCCUUCUCCUCUUCCGUCUCCUCCUCCAGUGGUUGCUGCUACAACCAGCACCACCAGCUUCCCCGACCUGACCGCUUCGUUCGAAAGCGCCGUGGAGGCCGUAGAGGAGGACGAUCGCACGCCGCCAGACGUUCCCAGCACGGAUACGGUUUCUGACAUCGACGGGCUCGGGUCCACGGGCUCCCUAGAGUGUCUCACCGUCAUCGAGCCGCCCGAAGAGCACGCCGUGACCGUCCAGAGGCGCAAGAGCAGCGUGUCGUUUCCGCAGGAGAGUCCUCUGGCCACACGGCUGCUGAAGUCUGCGGUCAAGCCGUAUCCCCCCAUCAGCACGUCCUAUAUCAAAACCACCACGCGACAGCUCAGCUCGCCCUCCUGCUCGCCCGUUCCGUCCCCGUCCCACAGCCCGCUCUUCACGCGGCGAGGACGGGACGCCAGGGCCGAGAGGAGACGUGUCAAGCGCCAGCGCUCCUACAGCAUCACCGGCCCCAUCAGCCGCUCCGCGGACUGGACCGAGGAGCUACGGACGCUCCCGCCGAAGUCAGCUGGGUCAGCUGACUAUCUGGAGUACGGCGGGUCGGAGGGGACGCUCAGGACGGGCGGCGCGGCGCUCACGGCCACACAGCGGGCGUCUGCCACUCAGAGCUCCACCUGCAGCUUCCAGGAGGUUUUCACAGGGCGGACUCUGUUGGAGCGGUUCUUCCAGCAGCAGGACUCCGAUGAGCCGGAGGAGGCCGAGAAGCUCUGCUCCAGGAUUCUGGCGAUGGGGCUCCUGCUGCCCUUCAGCGACUGCUUCAGAGAGACGUACGGCAGCAGCGGGCAGAUCACACCCAAAUUUGAUCACGAUCAGCUGUACACAUGGGCGGCCGUCAGUCAGCCUCCUCCCUCACUGGAGCAUCUGGAGGGACGUCUGCCGGGACACCUGAAGAACCUGUGGCCCCCGACCAGACCGGGAGCAGAGGACCAGGACCGGACCCUACCCAAAUACUCAGAGGAUGAGGUUGAGGAGCAGGAGGAGCAUCAGGCCGUCGUCUCUGACCUUAAGAAACAACAGGAAAAAGAAAUCUGGCAUAUUCAGGAGGAGUCGGUGCUGAAGACGGUGCGUCUGAAGCAGGAGCACGUCUGCGUGAUCGAGCAGCUGGAGCAGACCAUCGAAGACCUGCGCAGUAAGAUCGCCGAGCUGGAGAAACAGCAGCCCCUGCUGGAGCGGGAGGUGCUGACGCAGGACCAGGAGUGUGGAGGAGAGGAGCGCCUCCUUCCGGACGUCUGCCAUGUGGACCUACAGACGGAAAACACUGCGCUACUGCCGCUGGAGGCCAAAUCGGUGCAGACGUCUCCUGUGGACGAGAGCUUUAGGUUUAAAGUGCCUCCUGUGGAGGCGCAGGCGCCCGACUCCUCGCUGCCGCCAGAAACUGAGACUGCUUCUCAAGGGUUUGUGUGCACGUGCCAGCAGCAGCCGGGCGCUUCGGUACCUCCUCCGCCGCCGCCUCUUCCACCCGGGAUGGGUGCUCCUCCUCCUCCUCCUCCUCCACCUCCACUUCCAGGAAUAAGUGCUCUUCCUGCACCACCUCCACUCCCAGGUAGUUCAUUGCCUCCUCCGCCACCUCCUCUACCAGGAACGAGUGCACCUCCUCCUGCGCCGCCUCCUCUACCAGGAAUGGGCGCACCACCUCCUCCACCUCCUUUACCGGGAAUGGGUGCACCUCCUCCUCCACCUCCUCUCCCAGGAAUGGGUGCGCCUCCUCCUGCGCCGCCUCCUCCACCUCCUCUACCAGGCAUGGCUGCACCUCCUCCUCCACCUCCUCUCCCAGGAAUGGGUGCGCCUCCUCCUCCACCUCCUCUACCAGGUGUGUCUGUGCCGCCUCCUCUCCCCACUGCAGGAUUAGCACCUCCUCCACCGCCACCUCCAGGUCCUCCGCCGUUGGCUCCUGGUCCUCCUCUGGCCUUCAGUUUGGGUUCUCUGCCUCCUCCGCUCCCGCUGGGUCUGUACGCGUUAGGAGCGGCGCAGGAGAAACCGCCUCGCAAACACAUAGUGGAGCCGCCGAGACCCAUGAAACCGCUCUACUGGACCCGCAUACAGCUGCACACCAAAAAGGACUCUAACGCUCUCGUAUGGGAGAAGAUCGAAGAGCCAUCUGUUGAUUUUGACGAGUUUGUCGAGCUGUUCUCCAAAACGGCGGUGAAAGAGAAGAAAAAGCCUCUCUCGGACACGAUCAGCAGGUCAAAGACCAAGCAGGUGGUGAAGCUGCUGAACACCAAGCGCUCUCAGGCUGUGGGGAUCCUGAUGUCCAGUUUACAUCUCGACAUGAAGGACAUUCAGCACGCGAUCCUGAAUCUGGAUAACACUGUGGUUGAUCUGGAGACGUUACAGGCGCUUUAUGAGAACAGAGCCCAGCAAGAUGAGCUGGAGAAAAUCGAGAAACACGUCAAAUCAUCAAAAGACAAAGAGGGAAGCAAACCUCUGGACAAACCUGAACAGUUUCUCCAUCAGCUCUCCCAAAUUCCUGAUUUCUCCGGACGAGUCUUCUGUAUUCUCUUUCAGUCGACCUUCACUGAAUGCAUCUCGUCUGUUCAACGCAAACUCCAGAUUCUGCAGAAAGUCUGCAAGACUCUUCAGAGCGGUUCUGGAGUGCUGCAGGUUCUCGGUUUAGUUUUGGCCUUUGGGAACUUCAUGAACGGAGGGAAUCGCACCAGAGGACAGGCGGACGGCUUCUCGCUGGAUAUUCUGCCCAAACUCAAGGAUGUCAAGAGCAGUGACAACAGUAAGAGUCUGCUGUCAUAUAUCGUGUCUUACUACCUGAGACACUUUGAUGAGGACGCGGGCAGGGAGACGUGUGUGUUUCCUCUACCAGAACCUCACGACCUGUUUCAGGCCUCUCAGAUGAAGUUUGAGGACUUGACUAAAGAUCUGCUGAGACUCCGGAAAGAUCUGAGAGCAUGCACUGCGGAGGUGGAGAAGGUUUGCUCGGUCGCGACCGAAGAGCAUCUUCAGCCCUUUAAGGAUAAAAUGGAGGCGUUUGUGAGUGAAGCAAAAACUGAGCUGGAAAGUCAAGAGAGUCAACUCAGUGACACCCACAAAAUGUUCCUGGAGCUCUGCGUGUUCUUCUCGGUGAAGGCCAAGAGCGGAGAGAAAGAGGUUUCGCCCAACACCACCUUCUCUGUUUGGCACGAGUUCUCCACCGACUUUAAAGACACUUGGAAGAAGGAGAACAAGAUCAUUCUGCAGGAGAGGCUGAAGGCGGCGGAGGAGUGUUUCCGACAGGUCAAAGAAAAAGCCACAUACAGCGUCAAACCCAAACACGCGUCUGGAAUCAAAGCGAAGCUGGGCAUGAAGAUCUGAGGCGGAUGAGGACGGACGGACGGACGCGCUCGUGUCGUUUCAUCUGUAAAUCGCUCUCGCAGCAGCUUCAGUGUUACUCUGCCAUCCGCCGUACCACACAGGAAGUGAUCCGCCGUCUGAACGUGAUGUCAUAUCCUGCGUCCUGACGGAUGAACAUAUCAGACGUUUGCUCCACCGCAGAAGCUGACCGUACAUACUGGAGGACUGAAGCAAUAUCAUCAAAACAAGGUCGUUUUGUUUUUAACAGACGAGAAAAGACGAGAGAAUCUGGAUUUCCGAAUCGUAUCAAUUUUAAGCGACAGCACCGUCACACGCUUUUAGACCAACGCUAGUUAGUGCCGUUUAGUCCUGUAGUCUUCAGCUCGGAUAACACGUUCAAAGCACACUCCUGUCCCACGGGACCUGAAAGAGACACUCCAGUAUGUACAGUACGGAUCGGAUCGGACGGCGGUGAACGUUCAGGAAUCGACUCAGUGUUUUUGUGAAAUUAUGCAAGAUUGUUUUUCUGGUUUCGCUGCAUCCACACAUUCACUCACUCCACGUAUUUAAAGAGGAUGUUUUUUUAAAGUAAUGUAAACGAUAUUAACAUCUUUCUGUAGCGUUCUGGUUUGUUUUUAGCAUGUGCGUGUCGGAGGUGUGGAUGGACGUCUGCGCUCCAUGUGCAAUAACUGUUUGUAUGUGAACGUUUUGAGAAGAGUGUAAUUUAUGUAAAAUAAAGGGAUUAAUAAAUUCAGACAUUUUAAUUUA